GGACUGGCGCUUCCCGUGUAGAAGAUGGUGCGGUUCGGGCAGAGUUCUGGGCCGUGCUGCCGUUACCUGCCUGUGGCUUCUCUCCUGCUGGCAGCCCUUCUCGCCAGCGCUCAGGACGAUGGGAUCAGGACCCGUGUGCAGGAGACUGUAAGCGUGAAUGUGACAUCCUUACAUGGGUCAGAGCGGGUGACAACACAGGUCAGUUCCAUCAUCAGCUAUGCAAGGGGGCGAAUACACCUAAAUGGAUUUCCCGUGAACAGAGGAGUUUCUCGAAUAACCUGCGGGAUGGACAUAAGUGGAGGAAGGUGGAUGCGGGAUUCCUACCAUGCACGAGAUUACAACACAUCCAAGGAAGAGCAGAGUAUAGCACAUAAUGUGUUGGUCAGUGUGCGGCUACUGGUUCUACACAAUUUUCUGAAUUACCACAGAACAAGUAUAAUUGUUCAGCAGGAGGUGAUUGCAAUUGGUGGUAAUAAGGUUAAUCAAAGUGAUGUAGCGGAAGUGAAAUUGGUACUUAAUAUACGUAUGGAAAUAAUUCACUGUUCAAGUUCAGUAAUGAACCUUGAAGAUUCACAUCUGUCCUCCAUUACUUGGGACAAUGAUGUCUUAUUUACCUUUCCAAACAUCUCAGAAUCAGCAGGGGAUAGUGUUCCACAACAAACUACCAGAGAAUACAGCAUUGGGCAGAACACAACGGUGGACGAGGAGCCAUUUCCUGGCAAACUCCCGGAAACUCCAAUCCGAGCUGUGCUUCCAGCCUCCUCUUAUAAGGUAAUGUGCGAGUUUGCAGAUGAACUGAGAGACAAGCUGUGCCUUAUCUGGUCCUGGCUGUAUCCUGUCUUGGUUGGCAUUGCACAGGUUUUUAUUCUGGGGGUGAUAGGAGCUGCUGUUGUGAUUGAACUUCUCAAGAUUUUGUACCCAUUAAAGGAACCAAAGUGGACUCUGCAAUCCAGUGAUUUCAAGGAUUUCCCUGUGUUUGUUCCUUCAAUAUUAGGCAGCAGCGACAUAAAGGAGUCACCCCAAGAAACCGGAAAUAUCUUAUGAAUGUGGAUUCUGUAGUUUUUGUUACAGUUCCAAUGUUUAUGAUAGGAUUUCCUGCAUCCAACUGGCUUGCCUUGAGUGAUUGUAGGAGCUCCUCAAAGGAGACUGACAAACUGCACAAAAACACACACAAUCCGACUUUUCUUAAAGUGGCCAAGAUUCAUUGGGGCCUCUGAGCGCUACUACAAGGUCAUCACUUACUGUUUUUCAAAUUCGCUGCAGUGCACUUCCUUCCGUGUGUCAAACAAACUUUCAUUUUUAGGGGGAACUGUUUUUCUCAAAAGGUUAAUAGGUUCACCACUAUUUUUUGUUACCUAAACCUGUUUCAGUCUUAUCUAUACAAAAAUAUAAUUCUUCACUAUAUUCUUCAAUGUUUGAUUUAUAUUCAUAAUAAAGCAAAUCAUGUAGGAAAUGUUUUAUUUAUAC